CGUUGUUAUGUGACUGUUCACUUUGCUUCAGCGUUGGUUAGAAUAACCUACAUGUUUACACGUUGCUCUAAAUUGUCAAUCUUUACUUAUAUAUAUAUCUGUAUUAGAUUACACAUAUACGUGGGAUAUAUACCUGCACCGUAGCAACUGCGCACUAUUUCCCACACUACAGGACUCUGGGAGAGUUGCAGAGAACCCAGUUUCAAUCAGGAGCAACUGUAGCUGCCGUGAGGUAUCCAUGGGGACCAGGAGGGUGCUUGUGACAGGCUGUUCCUCUGGGAUCGGGAUGGCUGUGGCUGUACGACUGGCCAAGGAGAAGGGAUUCAAAGUGGUUGCCACCAUGAGGGACCUAGAGAAGCGGGAACCCCUGGAGAGAGUGGCUGGGGACACCCUGAACAGAUCCCUGGAGAUCAGACAGCUGGAUGCCUGCUGUGAAGACUCCAUCAGAGAGUGUGUGGACAGCCUGCAAGACAGACAGGUGGAUGUACUCGUGAGUAAUGCAGGUGUAGGCAUGAUUGGGCCGUUGGAGUGUCAAAGUAUGUCUGACAUGCAGGGGCUCUUCGACACCAACUUCUUUGGCUUGGUGCGGCUGGUGAAGGAGGUCCUGCCUGAUAUGAAGCGACGUCGAAGCGGACAUAUUGUGGUGAUGAGCAGCAUCAUGGGCAUUCAGGGGCUACUCUUCAAUGAUGUCUACUCUGCUUCAAAGUUUGCUGUGGAGGGGUUCUGUGAGAGUCUAGCAGUACAAGCCAUGAAGUUCAGUGUGAAGAUGACUCUAGUGGAGCCUGGUCCGGUGGGGACAGAGUUUGAGAGGAAGGUGUACGAGGACGCUGAGAAGAUGGACCUCGCGGGGGUAGACGAGGAGACUGCUAGGAUCUUCCGUGAGAUCUACCUGCCCUACUCUAGGAAGGUGUUCAACUCUCUCGCACAGACACCCGAGGAAAUAGCAGAGCAAACACUUCAACUGAUCACAGCGAAGGAGCCUCCGUUUCGCCACCAGACCAACCGUGUGUACAUGCCCAUGACUGCCCUGAAGCACGCAGACCCUACCGGCCGUCUACCCCUGGACACCUUUUAUAAGCUGUUGUUCAAGCACGACAGUCUAUUCACUGCCAGUCUGGGGCUGCUGCGCAUGUUGCAGAAGAGGGCAGGGAAGAGCUCCAAAUGAGCAGAAGGUUGGAUAGUGAAUAACCUAGUGAGGAGAGAUAGGGGGAUUCAGUCUGCAGUGCACAAGCCCCCUUUUCUUUUCUGCUAGUCAUAUUUGUGUAUAGAAACAACAAAAGAUUACUGUUGAGACCUUCCUGAUAGAUCCUUAGUAAAAGAUGCACGCCUCAGACCAACACGAUUCCUUAUGAACAUUCUCUAACCACUCCUUAAACUAUCAAUGACUGUGCUCAACAAAGAUGAGACUUUGACAAGUUAAGGACUGAUGUUUGUGGGCCUCUAAUCAAACCCGGUAACCUAGCCGUACGGACUAAGGGUUCAGUGUGUCUCAGACCAAUCUGGACUCCUGCAACUGUUCCUUCAGCUUUUAGAGGAUAUUAGUGCGUUUCUACCUUAUUUCAACAGUGUAAUGAAGGUUUACGGUAAGACUGGCAACACUUCAAUAAAACGAGACAAAGCUUUUUUCCCUUCAA